AUGCCCACCGUCUUAUUAACCGGAAUCACUGGAUUCCUCGCAGCUCACGUAGCUGAAACUUUCCUUCGAAACGGAUGGACAGUUCGAGGAACAUUACGAUCAUCUUCCAAAGAAAAAGAUGUUUUAUCCAUACCGGAAUAUCAACCAUAUAUCAAAAACGGUCAAUUAGAGUUAUACGUUACUGGCUCAUUAGAAAAUGGAGAUUAUGAAAAAGCGAUUAAAGGUGUAGACGCAGUUGUACACACUGCUUCACCUGUUGAGUUUGGUGAUGACGAUUUUAAAGAAAGUCAUUUAGCUCCUGCUCUGAAUGGAACUACAAGUGUUCUUCAAGCUGCGUCCAAAGAAAAAACAGUCAAAUCCGUUGUAGUCACUGGAACUUAUGGCUCGAUAGGUGAUCAUAGACAUCAUCCUCAUACCCAAAAAGGUUUGAUACUAGAUGAGAACGAUUGGAACCCUUAUACGAUCGAACAAAUGGAUAAAAUCGUUGAAACGAAGGAGAACGAUAACCCAACAUUUCCACCUGGAGUCUUGUUCUAUAUGGCGUCGAAAAAAUACGCCGAAUUGGCAGCUUGGGAAACCCAAAAGAAAGCUCAAGAACAAGGUUCCAACUGGUCUUUAGCAGUGAUCAACUGCGUCAUGAUCUUUGGUCCACCUAUCCAACCUCUCACCUCACUUAGUCAAGGAGGUAUGUCAACUGAAGUGAUUUACGCUUUGGCAAAAGGAAAAGAUCAACCUAUCCAGCCUACAUUGUUCACUCAUUAUGUCGAUGUACGCGACGCUGCUGAAGCGCACUAUCAAGCUGUCGUCAGACAAGCACAAGGACGAUUCGUCACUUCUGCAGGUCCUUACGACUAUCAAGAAUUCGCUGAUCGAGCAAGAGAGAUUUUCCCAGAUCAGAAAGACAGGUUCUCACUUGGUACACCUGGGCAAUACGCUUACAUCGAUCCUGGAACUUACACACUAAAGAAUGAUAAGAUCAAGCAAGAACUUGGUGUUCAAUUCCGUCCUAAAGAAGAGACUAUCAAAGACGCUUUUACUAGAUUCUUUGAACUUGAGAAGAAGGGAUUAAAUUAA